AUGUCUUCCUCUCACCCUCCCAAUGCCAACCAACUGGCCACCUCCCUACCCGGCUUAACUACUCACAUCACUGGCCACGACCCCGCCACAGGCAAGGCCAUCGUCCAUGAGUCCCGAGAUGGAAACUGGAGCAGCUACGAUGACAAUCUGAUGGCCUUCAACGUCAUCUACUCGACCUCCGAGUUCCCCGCCAACCUCAACAAUGAUCGAGACCUCAAGCUUCACGACCAAGUGGUAGCAAGCGGCAAUUUGGGCCUGGUGAACCCGCAUGGCACCGUCUGCCGAGUGGUCGACAUGGCCCCGGGCUUUCAAUGCAUUAUGCACCGGACGCAGAGCCUCGACUACGGCAUUGUGCUGGAAGGGACCAUCGAAUUGUCGCUGGACAGUGGGGAGACGAAGCUCAUGCAAAGAGGAGAUGUGGCGGUCCAAAGGGCCACAAUGCACGCGUGGAAGAAUACAAGCGACACGGAGUGGGCUCGGAUGAUAUUCGUGCUUCAGGAUUGCGAGAAGCUGGAGAUCGCCGGCACGGUGCUGAAGGAGGACCUGGGCAGGGGAGUGCAAGGCCUGCCGCCAAGUGGGAAUGACUUGUAG